AUGAUGAACAGCGGUUUCCAGGUGCUCGACGAAGCGGCGUCCACUCUGGCGUUGGAGCAAGCGCUGGCCUUCGCAGACGCAUGCGACGUAGGGAGCGACGAUGAGAGGACCGUGACAGGCGAUCAGGAGCUAGAAGCGCUUCUGGACGACGUACAGACCAGCGACUUCUUCGCACCGGACACGUCGCUCGACCUCAUGAUGCAGAUGCCCGACGCGCUCAAGCCACUGCAGACAGCACAUCAACCUUUGGGCGAGUUCACAGGUCUCAUGAUAGGCACUGAUGCCUCUGCCACCGAGUCCGACACGUCGCUUGAGAGCGCACUCGCCGUGCUCACGACCCAUUGUGACGUCUCCACUAGCGACAGCAGUAGUGACGACGCUAAGAGCGGAAAUAAAGGGGCACCUUCUAUCGGAUAUCGAGCCAAGAUGCCCAAGAAGAUGAAGCGAGCACGUGCAGCGUCCCCUACAAGAACCGCCAAGGAUUUUGCAGCCGCAAACGCAGCCAUAGCGGCAGCGGCAGCGGGAGCUGACGGACAGCAGACGGACGUCAAGAAACCUACUAAGAAACGCAUUCGCCGACAGAGAGAAGAGUUGCUGUAUCUCCGUGUUAAGGUGCAGGAGAUGGAAAGCAGUCUAGCAGAACUCAAGAGCAAGGAGAGCUUGGCCAACCGACAAUACAAGGACAGAGAACGUGCCGAGCAGGAGAACCGCAAGCUCAAGUCGACGCUGGAGGGACAGAUCAAGCUGGCCAAAUGUCUCGAGAAGAUAUUGGAAGACCAGCCGGAGGACGAGACGAUGACUGGACCGUCUCAUCCCGCGCCGUCAAAGCUACUCGCUCUUGGUGUUAGCAGCGACCAGAAGGCCGUCCACGCGCAGCUUCUCUCCGAACUGGACGCCGCGUUCGAUGAAGUCGACGUGAAAUACAACAUGAAGAAAUUCGUCGAGAUCGAAAAUGAAAAACACGACGUCAGAGUUGCCUCAAGCUUGGACAACGGCAUCGCGUUGCAGUUUAUGGGCUUCAAGCGAGUGCCGUUCCCGCAACAAGUGGCUAGUCGAGGCAUGUGGCGCUUCACAUCGUACGAAGCGACCGAACGUCAAGCCUAUUUCUACGAGGAGCACGAAACGUCGUCCAAGAACACCGUCGCUAGAACUUUCGGCCACAAGAUUCAGAGCGAGAACGGUAGUCUCGACUACCGCUGCGAGAGCUUCUUGGAGUGUCGCAAGUGCGGUGACCGCGUGGUAAUAGUGACACGAGGCUUGGCUAAGCCAAUCAAGUUCUCUGCGGCGCCGGUGAAUGGCAUCCGGUUCCACGAGAACGGGUGGAUUGUGAUCGAGAAGGCGUCAGCCAAGGACGGGACGGCGAAGGGCAAAUGGUCGACCAUCGCAUCAUCGAUGGAGCUCAAGCCGAUCUUCGACGACGACGCCUCGGACCAGGACUUUACGGUUGGAGCGCUCACAGACUUUGUCAUCGACUCAUUCCACCGCAACAUGCACCUAGGCGAGGAGGUCGUCGCGGCCAUUAUGAUGGACGAAGCCCGGAAGGCAGCCACUCAACCAGCAGGAUCCUGGCCGUGA